GUGUGUGAUUCAAGGCGGCUGCAUGUUGAACCAGGUGGUGAAUAUUUAAGACUGGAAGAAGUAAAGGGAUUUUUUUCUUUUUCCCAUGAAAGGAAAAUAUCUGAAGGACUAAUCUGAUCAGCCAAACAGCUAACUGUUUACAAUCAGGAACAGAUGCAGGGGACUGUGAACUGAGCGGUGCAAGUGCUGAAGAAGGAGGUUUGUUUUGAGGAAACAGGAAAGAGGAACAAAAGAGAAGGGAAAAAUACAUAAUUUUAAGGAAGAAGGAGAGGAAAAAAAACGGGGACUAUGGGGAGAAAAAAGAUUCAGAUUACAAGGAUUAUGGAUGAACGUAACAGACAGGUGACUUUUACAAAGAGGAAAUUUGGGUUAAUGAAGAAGGCUUAUGAGCUUAGUGUUCUGUGUGACUGUGAGAUUGCUCUAAUCAUCUUCAACAGCACCAACAAACUGUUCCAGUAUGCCAGCACUGAUAUGGACAAAGUGUUGCUGAAAUAUACGGAGUAUAAUGAGCCACAUGAGAGCCGAACAAAUUCAGAUAUUGUUGAGACAUUGAGAAAGAAAGGACUUAAUGGCUGUGACAGUCCAGACCCUGAUGCAGACGAUUCAGCAUUGCACAAGAAAGAAAACAAAGCUUGUGAAAGCCCUGAUCCUGACUCCUCUUAUGCUCUCACCCCACGCACUGAAGAAAAAUACAAAAAAAUUAAUGAAGAAUUUGAUAAUAUGAUCAAGAGCCAUAAAAUACCUGCUGUUCCACCACCAAACUUUGAGAUGCCAGUUUCUAUCCCAGUGUCCAGCCACAACAGUUUGGUAUACAGUAACCCAGUCAGCUCACUGGGAAACCCCAACCUUUUACCACUGGCUCAUCCUUCUUUGCAAAGGAAUAGCAUGUCCCCUGGUGUGACACAUCGGCCUCCAAGUGCAGGUAACACAGGUGGCCUGAUGGGUGGGGACCUCACAACCGGUGCAGGCACCAGUGCAGGAAAUGGAUAUGGAAACCCGCGCAACUCACCAGGUUUGCUGGUCUCACCUGGCAACUUAAACAAGAAUAUGCAAGCAAAAUCUCCACCUCCAAUGAAUUUGGGAAUGAACAACCGUAAACCAGACCUCCGUGUGCUUAUUCCACCUGGCAGCAAGAGUACCAUGCCAUCAGUGAAUCAAAGGAUAAAUAACUCCCAGUCUGCUCAGUCAUUGGCUACUCCAGUGGUUUCCGUAGCAACUCCUACUCUACCAGGGCAAGGGAUGGGAGGAUACCCAUCAGCCAUCUCAACAACAUAUGGUACUGAAUAUUCUCUGAGUAGUGCAGAUAUAUCAUCUCUCUCUGGUUUUAAUACAGCCAGUGCUCUUCAUCUUGGUUCUGUGACUGGCUGGCAGCAGCAACACCUGCAUAACAUGCCGCCAUCUGCCCUCAGUCAAUUGGGAGCUUGCACUAGCACUCAUUUAUCUCAGAGUACAAAUCUCUCCCUGCCUUCUACUCAAAGCCUCAACAUCAAGUCAGAACCUGUUUCUCCUCCUAGAGACCGUACCACCACACCAUCGAGAUACCAACAGCACAUGCGCCAUGAGGCGGGGAGAUCUCCUGUUGACAGUCUGAGCAGCUGUAGCAGUUCCUACGAUGGAAGUGACCGAGAAGAUCACCGGAACGAAUUCCACUCCCCCACUGGACUCACCAGACCUUCGCCGGACGAAAGGGAAAGCCCCUCUGUCAAGCGCAUGCGGCUCUCUGAAGGAUGGGCAACAUGAUAACAUUAUUACCUAUUAGUUGGGAUUUUUUUCUUGCAGUGUGUGUGUG